AACCACUGGACCACCAGGGAAGCCCUGUGUCCUUUUUCAGUAAAAUGAUUGCUUGCAUCAGAAGACUUUGUUUGGCUUUACAUAAAUUUUCAUUCUUGUUGACUGCUUCUAACUUUUGCUUUAACCCAUAGGAGAAUUAAAAGGAAAUCAUAAAGGAGGACUAUAAUAGUAUUUAUUAGUUGUCCCAGAUUUGUAUGCAAAAAUGCUGGAUAUCCAUGGACCUACUGUAGAACUGCGCCAAAGAAAAAAGCCAAAGUCUUCAGAAAAUAAAGAAUCUGCCAAAGAAGAGAAAAUCAAUGACACUCCAGUUCCUGAAAGAGCUCCAAAACAUAUAUUAUUUCAGCGCUUUGCAAAGAUAUUCAUUGGCUGUCUUGCAGCGGUUACUAGUGGUAUGAUGUAUGCUCUCUAUUUAUCAGCGUAUCAUGAACGGAAAUUCUGGUUUUCCAACAGGCAGGAGCUUGAACGGGAAAUCACAUUUCAGGGUGAUAGUGCCAUUUAUUACUCUUAUUAUAAAGAUAUGUUAAAGGCACCUUCAUUUGAAAGAGGUGUGUACGAACUGAUGCACAAUAACAAAACUGUAUCUCUGAAGACUAUAAAUGCAGUUCAGCAAAUGUCUCUAUAUCCAGAACUUAUGGCCAGCGUUUUAUAUCAGGCAACUGGUAGCAAUGAGAUUAUUGAGCCAGUAUAUUUCUAUAUUGGCAUUGUUUUUGGAUUGCAAGGAAUAUAUGUUAUUGCUUUAUUUGUUACAAGUUGGCUUAUGAGUGGAACUUGGCUAGCAGGAAUGCUAACAGUUGCAUGGUUCAUUAUUAACAGGGUAGAUACAACAAGAAUUGAACACUCCAUUCCUUUAAGAGAAAACUGGGCACUACCAUAUUUUGCAUGCCAAGUUGCUGCACUUACAGGCUAUUUAAAAAGCAACUUAAAUUCUUAUGGAGAGAGGUUUUGCUACUUGUUGAUGAGUGCCUCAACUUACACCUUUAUGAUGGUGUGGGAGUACAGCCACUAUCUCUUGUUUCUUCAAGCAAUAUCUCUCUUCUUGCUAGAUAGUUUUUCACUGGAGCAGAGUGACAAGGUUCAUGAAGUUUAUAAAAUCUAUAUAUUUUCUCUCUUUCUGGGAUAUUUACUGCAGUUUGAGAAUUCAGCUUUAUUGGUGUCUCCUUUAUUAAGUUUAGUAGUAGCCUUAAUGCUUGCUAAGUGCCUUCAGCUGAAUGUGAAGAGAGGAACUUUUGUGGCUAAAAUAAUGAAAGUGAUCAGUGUUUACUUGGUGUGUACUCUGACAGUGACACUGAAUAUUAUAAUGAAGAUGUUUGUCCCACACAAAGAAAAUGGACAUAUGCUGAAGUUCCUUGAAGUAAAAUUUGGACUAAAUAUGACUAAGAAUUUUACAAUGAAUUGGCUCCUGUGUCAAGAAUCCCUUCAGGCACCAUCUCAGGAUUUUUUUUUGCGAUUGACGCAGUCUUCUUUACUGCCUUUCUAUAUUUUAGUGUUAAUUAUUUGUUUUCUUUCUAUGAUUCAAGUUAUUUUUAGGAGAAUUAAUGAUAAGUCCCUGAAAGAAACUGUCACACUUGAAGAUGGACGAAUUGGAGAAAGGCCAGAAAUAAUUUAUCAUGUGAUUCACACUAUUUUACUGGGUUCUCUUGCAAUGAUUAUAGAAGGCUUGAAAUACCUAUGGACUCCUUAUGUGUGCAUGUUAGCAGCAUUUGGUGUAUGUUCUCCUGAACUCUGGAUGACACUUUUCAAGUGGCUUCGAUUACGAACUGUACACCCAGUAUUGUUGGCUCUUAUUUUGAGCAUGGCUGUGCCCACUAUAAUAGGUCUCAGCUUAUGGAAAGAGUUUUUUCCAAGAUUAAUGACAGAACUAAUGGAACUACAAGAAUUUUAUGACCCAGAUACGGUGGAACUUAUGACCUGGAUAAAAAGGCAAGCUCCAGUUGCAGCUGUGUUUGCAGGUAGUCCGCAAUUAAUGGGUGUGAUUAAAUUAUGCACUGGAUGGAUGGUGACAAGCUUGCCUCUUUACAAUGAUGAUGAUCUUCUCAAGAGAAAUGAAAACAUCUAUCAAAUUUAUUCAAAGCGAUCUGCUGAGGAUAUUUAUAAAAUACUGACAUCGUACAAGGCUAGUUACCUAAUAAUAGAAGAUGCUAUCUGCAAUGAAGUGGGAACCAUGAGAGGCUGUCGGGUUAAAGAUUUAUUAGACAUUGCAAAUGGCCAUGUGGUUUGUGAAGAAGGUGACAAGUUAACCUACUCAAAACAUGGACGAUUUUGUCAUGAGGUCAAAAUUAACUAUUCUCCCUAUGUGAAUUAUUUCACUAGAGUAUACUGGAACAGAUCCUACUUUGUAUAUAAAAUCAACACUGUGAUAUCCUUUCAGUCUUGAAAAAUAACAGAGCCUACAUUUCAAAGACUUAUAUAUCACCUGAAGUAAAAUGCAGUUUUCUUCUAUGUACGUGGUAUCUUUUGGAAAUCAGAUUGUGGACAUCGAAAUGUUGCUGCUGAUUUUCCCUUCUGCUAUUAACUGGAUCUAGAGUUCUGUGGGGGAAAGAAGAUCAAACAUUACCAUGCUUCAGUAAAAUGUAAAAUCUGCCACACUGCAGUAUUCCAGCCAGGUGUUUUCGUUAUUGCUAUGAUUUUACCUUCCAAACUGUUGUAAAAUUUUCCUCAUAAAUCUUCUUUCCAUCAUAACAUUAGUCUUGAAUUUAAAUAUGUUCAAGGUCAGAGUAUGUCUCAAACAUAACAUUUAACAAAUACUUAAUGUGAUAUAAUUAUAGAAGGAAAGAAUUAUCCUUACCCUCAAGGCAUUCUCUGAAGGUAUUUCAUGAUGUAUAAUAGAGCUGAAAUAAAAAACUAAUUUAAAUGUUCACUGAGAAUUUGUGGCAUUUAAAUUAAAGUGGAAAUUAUGUAAAGGAAGAUGAUUUUUAAGGAUAUACAUUGAUAUAUCCAGAUUUUCCAUGAUAUAGCUCUCAUCAUCUGCUGCUUAUAUGUGAGCACUUUCUUAAUAACAUAUAGUGCUUGAUAUUGCAUUUCACUACAUUAUGACUAUUAAGUGGUUAGUUUUUUCACUUACACCCAUAAAUUUGAUACCAAUUUAAUCAUGAUAAAACAGUUAACUCUUGUUACCUAUGUAUUUUUUAAAACAGAUAUUUAAAAGAAUGUUGCUUUAAGUUAAAAAAUAAAAGAACAUUCAAGGUUUUUAAAAAUAUGGAUAUGGAGUAUAUAAUCUAUUCAUGUGUUUUCUAUUGAAGUAUGAAGUAAAAACUUAAAUCUUUAUCAGAAUGAGAAUAUAUCCACUAAAGUGAGCAGCAGUUUCUGGAGAUAUGUGUAGAUGCUGUUCAAUAUGCCUCUGCAUAGACAAGCAUUUGUGGUAAAACACAAGUACUGUUCCUUGUGAAAUGGCGGUACGGUUUUCAACAUUAAGAACAAAAUGACUAUUAUAAAAUUCACAGCAUAGUUCCACAAUCUGUGUUCCUUUUUAUCUUUUUAAUUAUAUUUAAAAGAAAUUCUAUAAUGAUUAAUGUGGCCUUAUAAAGAGUUUCAGGGUGGGUGUAUCACUUUAAUAAGAUGGGAUGCAUGUUUAGUUUUACCUUAUACACCUGUUAAGUGAACAGAUUUAAAAUUUUUUCACUGGUCAGAGUGCUGCAAAAAUUGCAGUUUCCUCACUCUAAAUUACUAUAUUAGAAAGGAGCAUCUUUCCAUUAUCUUUAUGUUCUGUAAUUUUAUCUUUUAAAAGUACAAGAGCUCAUGCAUUCUUAGACUAACUCAGAUGUUUUGUUCUUUUGGAGCUUAAGAAUUGUUUGAUGGCAGUAUUGUAUGUCUGGUGCAUUAGUUUUAUUGGUUCUCAUGUCAUGCUUUUAUGUAAUGUUUAGCAAUUAAUAUUAAGAUAGCUACAGGCAGGCUAUUUCAGCUUCUCUGUACGUCUUAAUAGUGAGUCACUAGUAUUUAGCGUCAAGCCUUAUAAAAAUAUUACCAUAGUUACCUAAGUACACAGUGUAAAGAAGUACAUGGUAGUACUUAUGAUUAGAUGCAGCAUGUAAAACAAUGUAAUUGAAAAGAUGGCUUGCAUAUUUUGAAAGGGAAAUAGAACAACCUACUUUCUAUGUAGCAUGAAAUAUUUAAUUGAAUUUUUACUGAUUUAUUUAUGAUCAAAUAUGCUGAAUUUUGAUUGUUGUGUGUUUUUUGUUUUUGACAUAUUAGUAAGUUGCUUUUGCUUCUAUCAACUUAUUUCUUAAACAGGUUUGGAGCAGCUUUUAAUUGAUUUUUUUAAAUAAUGAAUUUUUCAUUUAGCAUCAGUUGAAAAGAAAACUGUGAGCUUUAUUAUAGAAAUAAUAAUACUGGGUAUGGAAGAUAAGCUUAUUUGCUUCUAUUUUAGCUCUAGUUAAAACAAUAGUGCUAGAAAACUUGAGCAUUUAAUUUCCUUACUUAUUUGUAGAGUAACAAAUGAUUAAGAAUUCUGCAAGUAGUUCUAUUUGGGUUAGGUUUGACAGUAGAGAUCUACUGUGAAAGGGGCAAAGUUUGUGGGCUUGGGGUGGAAGGAAUUUCUUAAAGAAAUACAAAACAUACUUUGCCCUUGAUGUUGCAACACCAUGGAAAUAAGUGCCUUAACCUCCUUAUUUCAAAGUUUACUUUUUAUUAUUAAAAAAUUAUCCAUUUCUUUCAUUUUCAUCAGAAAAUUUUGGUAACUUUUCCCUCAUCAUUAAGCACAGAGAAAGAAUCCUCAGUAUACUGUUUUCACUAUUAACUUUAAUUCAUUAGUAACCAAAUCUUUGUUAAAGGUAGUGAUGGGAUUUCUAGCCUGCUAAAUUAAUUUAUUUAGCUUCCCAAAUGCCAAGCAAUCCAACAGAUAAAACUUACUUGAUAAGAUGUCUGAUAUUGACUGUGCUGGUUUAUAUGUUUUCUAACUUUGGCAUCUGUGUUAGACUGGUAGUUUUACAACCUAGGGAGUAUGCAUUGCACUUAUAAAUUUUUUUCUUCAUUACUUUCUGAGUAUGUAGACAGCAUGUUUUUUUGGGACAUUAACUCAUGUUGCUAAAAGCCUAAUAUGACACUCUUCCAUACAGUCUAGAUUGACUAAGGGAAAAGUAGAGAUGGAGGUCAAAGUCUGUUACAAGUUGGGGCUGAAAAAUAUGCUUUAAAAGAUAGGCUAUUAAUUUACUGAACAGCGAACAGCCAUCUUAUUAAACUUUGUCAUUUGAGGGAAAUCAAUUGCUUUUUGCCUUUUUUUAUUUUUGAGCUGUUAAAAAUUUUGAUACCUUUUGGGGGUAAAAGUAGUAUCUCUUUUUUUUUUUUUAGUAUGUCUCUUUAUAAAAUUAUUGGGUUUUUAAAAGUUGUAGGUAAAUCAGUUUUAUUUAUAAAUAUACUUUACGUGUAUGAAUAUUUAAAGGGUAUUUAAAUGAACUGUUCUGUGCAUUUAAGAACCUAUUGUAAAGCAAAAUGGCUACUGCAUCUCAAUCUAUUUUCUCAUUUGUCCAUUUUUUAUUUUUUUGUCCAGUUUUUAAAAUAUACUUUAUUAUUACUGUUUGCUGAUAGUUUUAGAUCACAAUAUAUAUUAAAAUUACAGCCUGAAAAGUUGCAAUUAAAAUUGAACAAUUUCUUAUUGAAAUAAUAGCUCAUUGUUAGUUUUUGAAUGUAUAAAAUUAACAAUUUAAAUAAAAUUAGAUGUGAAAAUUGCAAAGGAAUAUAUUUGAUUCAACUAUUUUCCAUCCAUUAAGAUUUCUAAACAAUACAUUUGUUUACCAUAAUUUUAAAAAAAGGACAUUUUAGAACCAGAUUUGCUGAAUUUAGCAUAAAGGACUUUCUGAGUCAUUUCUGUUUUGUAAGUCUCUUAGAAUUAGCACAUUCUAAUUUUGGCAAAUAAAAUCUUAUGUGCAGUUUUAUAAGAGAUACAUUGAACAUCUGACCACGAUAGUGGAAUAAUAGCAUCAAAAAGAAACAUACAUUCCAUACUUCUAAUGUAUGAUAUCUAAUAAAUAAUCCGUUCAUAUUUUAAAUUAAUAGCUUUUGUACAGCUAUGUAACAAAGAUGAAUACAACUGAAUUUUCUUUUUUUAAUUUAUUUGCUUUUAGUUGAAGGAUAAUUGCUUUAGAAUACUGUGUUGGUUUCUGGUGUACAGCGUCAUGAGUGAACUGUAGGUACACAUGUAUCUCCUUCUUAAACUGCUCCCCAACUUCCACCCCAUCCCACCCCUCUGGGUUGUCACAGAGCAUUGAGGUGAACUCCCUGCAUCAUACAGCAAAUUCCCAC